AUGAGCAUAUUACGAUAUCUCUUCCCGUGUUGUUUCCGAAGACAAAAACGCGAAGAACUGCUUGAGAAAACCACACAGAUAGAUGAAGCAGAUAUUAAGACAGCAGAGCCAGAUAACGUGCCGCCAGUGCCGCCAGAAGGAAGGCCUUCACUAGCUUCAGGAGAAUCAUCAAAUCUACCCGUGUCAGAGGAACAGAUACGACGGAGGAAAGACUCAAAACCAAAACGAGAAAGACGGAAAAUUCCAUCAAAACCACGUCGAAAAUCAUCCGAAGAAAUUAUCAAAAGCAACGAGCAAAUGAAAAAAGAAUCUCCGGAGAAAAAGAAAAAGACUAAAAAGAAAAGCGCAGAGAAGACACAUUCAAGGGAGAACACUCACAAGAGCAGUGAAGAUAUCAGAGCGGAUGAAGAAGCGGAAUCAGAUUUCAUCGAUUAUUGGUUAACCCUCGUAGAACCAAAACAGUGCAAAGUGACACAAUCGUCAGAAAAGGAACUUGUAGUGGACAGAACCGCAGAAGUUGUACUUUCGGUCAUUCAACCUCCACCAUUAGAUUUGACCGCACUUCCUCCACAAAUUCAAGAAUCGAUUAAAAUCAAACAUACCACCACAAAAAAACCAUCUAGGUCAAAAGAAUCCCCACAUUCCGGUGAGAAGAGCACACCCUCUCCAGCACAAUCUGGCGCCAAAAUUAUCAGAUCGGCAGAAACUUCAAAAGAACCAUUGAAAUCAAAAGAAACUCUGCAUUCUGCUGAAAAGAACAUACCAUCUCCAGCAGAAUCUGGUAGGAAGAAUAACAGAUCGUCAGAAUCACCAUUGCCAUCUCGGGAAGGAAUGAAGACGAAAAAACUCAAGGAAUCUUGCUUAGUGAUAGAUCGAAAACAAUCGAAAAUAGCUGACCAAGCCGAUGUUGUUUCACCUGCUUCAUCUGCAAUUAAGCAGCAAUCCACUCCAGUGCAGAAGGCGUCAAAGCAAAACCCUCAAUUUGUGAGCAUUCUUAUAUUUCAAUACAACAAAGUUCAGUCAACUCUCAAUCAUGAAACACUGAAUCCUUCGUAUGCUAGAAAUUAUGUGAAUCUUUUAGCAUCGAUAAAAUCUAGUUUAGUUAAAAGUAGACAGCGCCACCUCCUAGAGGCAGCAUAUCAGGAAAUUGACGAUGUUAGGAUCCUUGUGGGGCAACAUGGAGUUCGGGUUAUAGAUGACGAGUAUGUGUGGAAUGAUUAUGCUAACUUUCUCCUAUUCGUUCUCAAAAAUGGCGUGGAAACCGUCCUUAAUUCCUACAAGUCUCAAAAGGAAGCACGUCUUGAACCCUUCCGAACUCCUGAAGUGGUGAAAAAUGCAGAUUGGGAUGCACGAUCAAAUUAUGCUCAACAGUACAUGGAUUCCAAAGAGACGCCAUACGAAGUAAACUAUGGACGUAGAAAUGAAGACGGUCUAUUUUCCCAUUCGUACAAACUUUACGACAAAAAUUAUUAUUAG